AUGGAAGGUUGGGCAACAAACACUGAAGAGCCUUUCAAUAUCUGCCUAGUACCGGGUGACGGAGACUACGCCUUAAGUAUGCAUUAUGCUCAAAGUUUGCACCAUAACCCACUCAUCGUAUAUCGUCCAGGAAAUAUCUCCGAUGACAUGAAGAGAGUGGGUUAUUGUCGCUGGAGUUUGCAUGAAGUGUUGGAGAUCGAUGCUUGA